CAUUUGGCUUCAAAUAUAAUUACUACAUCUAAUCAAUAGCUUAUUGCAGACUUAAUUUGAACAUUACUACAUCUGUCAAAAUAUGGAUCCGGGAUUCUCAAAUCUUGUUAUUGGAAUUCCGGUCAGAUCAACAAAGGGACUACUAUUGUGCAAGCCAUAUCAAUCUGAUUACACUCUUUCUAACACUUCUACUACUUCCAAGAUCAUCGGUGUAGAGAGAGAAGACAGUUUUGCAGUUUGGAUUAAAAACUACGUGAGUUUAGUACCCAAGCUAAUUAAAGUCAUGAAACACAAGUUGAGUCAUGGAACCAAAAUCAUCCAAUUCGGCAGCCAAGAUAAAAUGUUCAGGAAAAACUUCAGUAUCCAAGAGCAAGAGAAGCUACUGAAAGCUUCUCAAUGCUACUUGUACACCACGGCUGGUGCAAUUGCAGGCCUGCUCUUUGUGUCUACAGAAAGAGUUGCAUUUUGCAGUAACAGGCCCAUCAAAACAUAUUCUACAACGGGAAAGCUGUUAAAGUUUCAAUAUAAGGUUUCAAUUCCGUUAGAUAAGAUUAAAGGAGUAGAUGAGAGUACAAACAUUCAGAGGACAUCGAACAACUACGUGGAGUUAAAGACAGUCGAUGAUUUCAACUUCUGGUUUAUGGGCUUCAUAAACUAUAAGAAAACUUUAAGAUACCUUCAUCAUGCAAUCAGUUUUGACUGCUUACGCAAUUGACUAUGAAGAUUAUAAUUACAUGUAAAUUUCAAAAUAUAACUUGUAUUAUUUAGUUCUAAUUAAGUGAUCCUCUUUUUGUUGCAUAAGUGUUUUCUUUGAUGUGCGAAAGAGGUAUGUCGAUAUAGGACUUUAAUGUCUCGAUUGCCAUGGCAGAUGUGUUCUGAUGUAUAUUAAAUCAAAUUUAUGAGAAACCUUUGUCAAUUA